GAAAGUGGGGUUGGUGGAUUUGAACUCCACCUACCUGCCCGGCAAAGGCUACCUACUCAAAUUGACAAUCCUCCUCCAAUUUCUCUCAAUAACAGCAGCAGCCAGCAGAUCAAAUUGUUGCCUUUGUAAGUAUUUGUUGUUAUUCCAUUCUUUCACAGGUUUUGAAAAAAGAAAAAGAAAAAGGAAAUGUCGAGUCCACAGCCCGCAGGUGUCAUUACCUGCAAAGCUGCGGUGGCAUGGGGAGCUGGAGAGGCAUUGGUAAUUGAGGAGGUGGAACUGAGCCCACCCCAGCCGCUGGAGAUACGGAUUAAGGUUGUCUGCACCUCCCUCUGUCGGAGUGAUUUCACCGCUUGGCAGUCUCUGACAAGUACCCCUAUCUUUCCUCGGAUUUUCGGCCAUGAAGCUGCAGGGAUUGUGGAGAGUGUGGGGGAAGGAGUGUCUGAAUUUGGAGUGGGGGACCAUGUGCUUACGCUAUUUACUGGAGAAUGCAAGACAUGCAGACAUUGUACCUCUGGCAAAAGCAACAUUUGCCAAGUACUGGGAUUGGAAAGAAGAGGUGUAAUGCACAGUGACCAAGGGACACGCUUUUCAGUAAAAGGAAGGCCCGUCUAUCAUUAUUGUGCGGUUUCAAGUUUCAGCGAGUACACCAUUGUGCACUCUGGUUGUGCUGUCAAAGUCAGCUCAAUCGCACCUCUAGAUAAAAUAUGCCUUCUCAGUUGUGGAGUGGCAGCAGGGCUGGGUGCGGCUUGGAAGGUUGCUGAUAUUGCUGGAGGCUCAACUGUUGUCAUUUUUGGUCUUGGAACUGUUGGCCUUGCUGUUGCACAAGGUGCCAAACUAAGGGGAGCAUCACAAAUAAUUGGUGUGGAUACUAAUUCUGAGAAGAAAGGAAAAGCGAAGAUUUUUGGAGUGACAGAUUUUAUCAACCCAAAGGACUAUGAUGAACCAAUUCAACAGGUUGUUAAGCGUAUCACUAGCGGAGGAGCAGAUUACUCAUUCGAAUGCAUAGGAGACACCGGAAUGAUAACUGCUGCUUUGCAGUCAUGUUGUGACGGAUGGGGAGUGACUGUUACGCUUGGUGUACCAAAAGUGAAGCCAGAGGUAACAGCUCACUAUUCACUAUUUCUUACUGGAAGGACAUUGAGAGGUUCCCUUUUCGGAGGGUGGAAACCAAAGUCUGAUCUUCCAUCACUAGUAGACAUGUACUUGAGGGAGGAAAUCCAGGUUGAUGAGUUCGUCACUCAUAACCUGUCAUUCGAGGAAAUCAACAGAGCGUUUGAUCUCAUGGCAGAAGGGAAGUGUUUGCGCUGUGUCAUCCACAUGCCCAAGUAGUGCUCAUCGAUCCGAUCAAGUGUAAGUUCGCCCAGAUGAAAACGAGCGAUUGAGUACGUACUGUUGCCUCACUGUUGUUUUACUGGUGAGAUGUUUUGUUGGAAGACAGUCUUUCUAAAGGAUUAGUUGCAGAGCUCAAGGCUGGUUGUAUCACGUCCUUGUUUGCAUUUUGAGUUAUUUUGUUCCGCGACACAGCGACGUCAUUGCCUCGUGGGGGCCGUGUUUGCCCGACUUAUUGGAAUUGUGUUAGUAGGCCUGUUCUUUCGAGUACUUCAAAAUGUGUGAGCGCAGCUCGUGCGGCCAUCUAAUCCCGAUCGUUGUGCUAAUGAAAAUACCAUUGAUGUGUUUCUCUUGA